CCAUCGUGACACGACUGCAGUCUCUUUCUUUCUUCAAUGGGAACAGAGAGCUUCUGUUGACUGGGGCAGGACUUUGGAAAAUAUGGUGGGAGUUACAGAAUUGUAAGGGUGUAACGGGACAAAAGUGAUACAGCUGUAGAGAGACCCGAGAGUGUUUAGUCAGAAGUGGUUUCAGCACGCGUCAAGACCUGAAGGUGAUGAGUUUGAUAUUUUAGUAGCACUGAUGAAGGUUGACAGCAGCGCGCAGCAUCGAGGCCGAUCAAGUGCCGUGAAUCUCACAGCCGCUGCUGGGAUGGAUGGAGAUGCGCGCAACCGAAGGAGAUCUUCGAAACACAAAGCCCCCUCUCCUCCUCCUGUUCUGAAAGGGCUGGAUGGUCCACUGCUGAGUCACAAGCUCCCGGCGUACCCUCAUCCCAACAUGGACCAGAAAGAGAAUCUGCUGGAUCAGGACCUGACCCUAACCGUGGUCCUGCCAGGAGGGGUGGAGAAGACCACCGUGGUCCACGGCAGCAAACCCAUGAUGGACCUGCUGGUUACGCUCUGUGCCAAGCACCACCUGAACCCUUCCGGUCACACCAUUGAGCUCAUCACCACCAACAGAAACCAUGUGAAGUUCAAACCCAACGCUUUGAUCGGAGCCCUUGAGGCCGAGAAGAUCUUACUGAAACCCAAAGGACUGGAGGAUAGGAGCAAAAAGACAGGACCACAGAUGCCAGAGGCAACUGUACGAUUAGUGAUAAACUACAAGAAAACACAGAAGACUAUUCUCAGGGUGAGUCCUCGGGUUCCUUUGCGAGAGCUCUUGCCAGCCGUCUGUGAGAAAUGUGAAUUUGACCCGCAGACCACAGUUUUACUACGAAACGUUCACUCUGAAGACACUUUGGACCUGAACUGCUCUCUCAAUGACUUUGGCCUGAGAGAAGUGUACGCGAGAGAUACCAGAGUUUUUAGUCCAGUGAGUCCUGUGAGUCUGCCACCAUCUCCUACUCGCUCUGACACGAUUCGGCACCGAAAGGACCAGAUGCAGAAGGAGAAGGAAAAUAAAGGACUGUUCGGCUUAUUUAGAAAAGGAAGUCGCAAACAGUCAGAACAGUCUAUGACCGUGAGUGCGCCGGCGUCUCCGGUACAAAGGAAACAUCGUCCGGUGAGCAUGAGCUCCUUCAGCGCUCAUUCGCCGACGUACGAUUACAACACCUUGCCCUCCGAUAUGCCAAAGAAGAGAAGAGCACCGCUGCCACCCGGAAUGAUGUCACAGAGCAUGCCCGCUGACCUCAGCCAUCACCAGGGAAACCCUGAAACGGCAGGGCAUCUGGAUGGCAACCAGAGCGUGGCCCCUUUGAGCUCGGUACCCUCGACAGAAUCGUGCUUCAAGAGGACGUCCACCAAACGCAAGGCUCCCCCGCCCCCCGCCCUGAGCGCCGGAGCCCCUCCUGAUGAAGCUGCACAGGACAGAAGCGUGACAGAGGUCGUGUUGGCGUGUCCUCUGGAGGAGAUCAGGGAACAGGAGGAGGUGUCUGUGCCCAGAGAGCUGGAGGACAACAGCAGUCUGAACCUGUCUGCUGAUUUCUCAAUCGACUCCACUACUCAAGAUUCAGACAUGGAACGUGUAUCUUUACACGGGACGUCCCGAGACGAUCCAUCACGUGACCUCAGAUCUGCUGAUCCAGGAAUACCUGAGGUGGCAAUGAAUGGAGAGGUCCAAUCAGAGCAGGUCAUGAGCUGUCACGCCCAAUCAGAGACGGAUCCCCUGGAGGAAAGGAAAGAAAAAGCAGCUGAAUCUUCUGAAAGCAGUCUUGUUCUGGAGAAGGUUUCUGUGAGCGCUUCAGAGACGACUGGUUCUACGCUCAACAUGCCUCAAACGUUCGACUGCGGCAUCCAGACGUCACUCUCACAAUCUCAAUCCCUUGAAUCCAACACGGUCCCACCCAGAUCUUGCCCUGAGCCCAGUCAUUCACCUCUCACGCAAAAAACCAACCCGACAGAUCCCACGGCUCUCUCUAACAUUCCAUCAUCUGACGUUUGCAUCAAACCUCCAGUAGUUGUGUCCACACCCUCAACGGGGCCAAAGCGGGACAGGGCCACUUCUACAGAAGAGCUUCACGUUCCUGAACCCCAAACCAGCUCAACAAUUCAAUCCCCAAAACUCCCAGCGUCUAAAUCAAGCAACGCACAGUAUAUCGUAAAUACUGAGCCCAAACCCAAACCCUCCAACGAGCUGACCCGUGAAUACAUACCCAAAGUGGGCAUGACGACUUACACCAUCGUGCCUCAGAUGUCUCGGGAAAAGAUGCGUUUUUUUGAAGUGGAACUGACUCUGGAAAGACGCAAUGAUGCCGGCGUGGAGAACUCGGACAGCAAGACCGUCUCAUCUCCGCCUGGCCUGUUGACCAAUGGCACGCCUGCUCUUAACGGCCACUCGAGAUCAUCCAUAAAACCCGCGGAACUUUCACAAACCAUUCCUCCAGGUUCUCCUCAAGAUGACGUCUUCUCUCCAGCGUCUCCAUCAGGAACCGAGCACGGUGUCAAAGAGAAGAAAGUUCCACCCACCGUAAGACCCAAACCAGCUUCGUUCCGUCUGCCUCCGCACAAACGGACGGCCGGGGAUUACGUGAGCUCGGCGGCAGUGCGCAGGGCGAGUGUCGGGAGCAGCAGUAGCGGCAGCAGUCGGUGUAGCAGUCCUGCAGCGAGGCCUGUGCGAUGGGACGAGGAGGAACGUGAGAGGCCGAGGGAUGUCACUCAUCCUGAGGAGACCGAGGUAGAUGGAACUAAACCCCAACACCCUGUGAAAGAUGUCGAGCCUCCCAGAUUCCCCCCCGCUUCAUGUCUGACCCGUCAGAAGAGUCUUCCUGCAAACCCCUCGCCUGCGUUGAGUCUGGAUAAGUUGAGAAGCUUUGCUGCACCCAAGCCGUACUCACCGUCGACACCUUCUCGCUUCGCUCAGGCUGUGCUGUCUGCCGCCAAGCGCUCUCACACUCUUACCCGGCGUCCUCUGGUGCACACGAGCUCCGUUAAAGAGACACACGAGCCACCCGCGAACACAGUGACAGACAAUGGAGAGGAAGACACAGAGAGAUACAGAGCGGCCCCAUCACAAACAGCGGGCCGUGACGACCCAGCGCCGUGCUCUGCUUCAGACGCAGAUAUGGGGACGUGUAAGAUUGAAAACACUCAACCGUCACCCGGGUCUGAGGGAUCUUUAGGACCAUCUCCUACACUGAAGGGAAUAUCAGAAGCAUCCGUAGAGGAAUGAGGAAUUUCAACUCGCAGUGUUUUUAUUGACGGACAUCCAGCUGCAGUCUUUCCUGCAAACCACUUUCAUCACGACAAAACGUAUUUUCUUCGAAUUUUCAAAUAUUAUGAUUUUUUACCUUUCAAAGCUACACAGUUCAAAAUACUUUCAGCACCUUCCAGACCUGACCAGAACGUUCUCCGUUGCUUAUCAUGGAUGUGAAGCUGUUCCUCAGACUGCGGUGAUGCUUUCAUCUGCCUUCGUGCCUUAUAGUGAUAGUUAUGUGAAUUCUGUCAUUAUUUACUCACCCUAAUUCCAUAUAAGAGCGAAUAAAUAACAACAGAAUUCACAUUUUGGGUUGAACUACCUUUAGUGGGAAGAUCGGUUUGAUAACCUGACGUUGAGAUCGACGCCGAGUGGAUACGUGGAAGAAACAAGCUACAACCGUUGAUCUCUUCUCAUGUAUUCUUCAGAUGGACUCUCGGAGAUUAAACUGUUUUCUUAUUAUCUGUUACACUGUUUUUUCCCUGAAGACAGAAAUUAAACAACAGAAAUCUUAUUAAUGUUAUUUUAUUUUGAAAUCCAUCCAUUUGAAUAUUUUGGGGUUGCUUUGUGUCUUACGAAUGAGAUGAGAAAUGUUGUAAAUGUGCAGAUUUAGAGUAUGCUUUAUUCUAUUAUAAGGCCUUUAUUUUGUUUAAAUUAUUAGCUGCAAAUUUGAUAUAUAAUUGCUAGCCAAUGGUACUGAAAUAUACACAAAGCCCUGCUUUUUCACUUGUCAAACGUUAGCACAAAAUGUAUUGUUAUUAAUGAUGGGUUAUAGUUUUAUAUGUUCCAAUAAUAAUAAUGAUAUGGCAGUGUCUUCUGUGCCAACACAGAAGACACUGGCCUUAUUGUGAGGAGAAAACUGCUGUAAUAUCUGAACUUUCCUUUGUUCUGUAUUAAAGUAUAACAGACUUUUAAACGA